CGUCUAUGGAGAUGAGACCCUGUACUCUCGGAUGCUUUUGCACCCAGCCUAGGGGGCGUGAGACUCUGGGAGGGGGACAGUCCUGAGAGGCGAGGGGUGGGAGGGCUGCAUUUUCAACUCCUCCUCUCUUUUGCCCCCCACCUCCCUGCAGAGGCCCGAGGAGUCCUGCAACAUUUCGGAAACUGGCCCAAAUAUCAUAGUUUAAUGCGCCUGCAAGAGGGAGAGAUCCGAGCUGCAAAAGCUGGAUCAUCAGAUGGCCCCCCAGAAAACUGGUUGAAUGUGCAGCUGAAGGGGAUGAGAAAAGAAAGUUGGCAACUGACUUCUCCAGUGAUCCCUGCAGCUUGGCUGGGACUGAAAGGCGUCCCUGGAUAUGCUUCAGAUUGGCAAAAUGAUGUGUGUGUUUGUCUUUGGAACAUUCCCUCCCCCUGGGGGAAGAGAGAUGGUGGCAGCGGAGCCAGUUCAGGCACUGCCGUUUUCCUUUGAGGAGGUGGCUGUGUAUUUCACCGAGGAGGAGUGGGCCCUUCUGGAUACGGAGCAGAGGGAUCUGUACUGGGAUGUCAUGCAAGAAAACUAUGAGAAUGUAGCCUCCUUGGCCGUUCCAAUACCUAAACCUGAGUUGAUCUCUCGGCUGGAGCGAGGAGAGGAGCCAUGGAUCCCAAAUCCCCAGGUUUCCGAAGAAAAGAAGAUCCCUGUGAAUAUUCGUGAAGCGAAUGACAUUUCUUUGGAUACUCCCUCUAUUCCGACAAGCGAGGUGACCGUGAGGGAGAUCAAGGAAGAGAUCCCUGAACCGGAAAUCUCUGGGCAGCUGGACCCACAGUGGACUUUCCUCGGAACCCCCCAAGUGAAUGCUGCCCUGAACUCUGAGGCCCGCUGCGGACUGCAGAGGCAAUGGGAGAUGCAGCCGGGGAACUUGUGGCGGGAACCCUCCAGGCACGUACGGGCUGCCAGUUCAAAGCGAAGCAUGUUCCACGUUGGCCGGAAAAAACUAAUGUGCCCCGAGUGUGACCGCUGGUUCCAUUGCAAAUCCGAGUUCUUGCUGCACUGGAGGACUCACACGGGGGAGAAGCCCUAUGAAUGCCUGGCCUGUGGGAAGCGGUUCAUUCAGAGCUCCCACCUCAGUGCCCACCGGCGGAUCCACACAGGGGAGAAACCCUACGAGUGCCCCAAGUGUGGGCGGAGCUUCAACCGCCGCUCCACCCUCACCGAGCACCUGAGAAUCCACACCGGGGAGAAGCCUUAUAAGUGCCUCCAGUGCGGAGAGAGCUUCCGCUGGAGACCCUACCUUACGAAGCACCAGAGAGUCCACAUGGGGAAUGCUGCCUAUAAAGGUCUCAACAACGGAGACGCCAUCUUUGAGAACUCGCCCCUUGCUGAGCACCAGGGAAUCCAUGGAGGUGGUGCUCUGGUGAGUGGAACGACAGAGUCCAAUCCCCAGCACACAGCCUCCGAGUCAGCCAAUCAGCACGAAGGGGAAAUGCUCAAUCCCGACACUUUUGACACCCAACAAGAUUCAGAGGGCCAGCCGCUGGAGAGGCCUAUAAAGACUGAAGCCGAGCCUCUCCCCGAUGGGAACGACGUCACCGACGUCAGCCAAAUCAAGAUCAUCCAGGUUGAGAAGAAGCAUGUCUGCCAUGAGUGCGGGAAAGCCUUCCAGUACAAGUUCGAACUGGUGAAGCAUCACCGGACCCACACAGGAGAGAAGCCUUUUGAAUGCCUCGCCUGUGGGAAGAGAUUCUUCCAGAGUACCCACCUCAAUGCCCACCUGCGCAUCCACACGGGGGAGAAACCCUACGAGUGUACAAAGUGUGGGCGGAGUUUCAACCGCCGCUCCACCCUCACCGAGCACCUGAGGAUCCACACCGGGGAGAAGCCUUACAAAUGCCUCCAGUGCGGGGAAAGCUUCCGCUGGAGACCCUACCUUACGAAGCACCAGAGAGUCCACAUGGGGGAUAACGCCUACAAGUAUUUCGACAACGGAGAAAGUCUCUAUGACAGUUCGACCUUCCCCGAACAUCAGGAGGGAAUCCACCCAGUUACCAAUCCACACAUGAACCUGUUCCCUUAUUCCAUGACUGCUAAGUUUACUCAAGAGCCUUUGCUGGGGGACUUUGUCAAAAGCUUUUUGAAAGUCCAAGUAUACUGUCGACUGGAUCACCUUUAACCACAUUCCUGUUGACACUCUCAAAGAACUCCAAAAGGUUAGUGAGGCAAGACUUGCCCUUGCAGAAACCAUACUGGUUCUCCUUCAGCAAGGCCUUUUCUUCUAUAUGUUUAACAAUUUUGUCAUAAGUAUGCUUUCCAUCAAUUUACCUGGCACCAAAACUAACCAGUUUGUAUUUUCCCAGAUCCCCCCUUAAUCCCUUUUUGAAAACGGGAGUUACUUUAGCAACUUUCCAGUCCUCUAGUACAGAGCCUGAUUGUAGGGAUAGGUUACAUAUUUUUUCUAGGAGAUCAGCAAUUUCACAUUUGAGUUCCUUCAGAACUCUUGGCUGGAUGCCACCUGCCCCUGGAGAUUUGUUAAUUUUUAGUUUUUCAAGACAGUUUAGAACAUCCUAUCUCAUCCCCUCUAAUUGACCCAGUUCUUCAGCCUCCAAGCCUGAGAAGCUAAGUUCCGGAGUGGGGAUAUGGUCUAUAUCCUCUGCCGUGAAGACAGAUGCAAAGAACUCAUUCAGCUUCUCUGCAAUCUCCUUAAACUCCUUAAUAAUCCCUUUCACACCUUCAUCAUCUAAGGGUCCAACUGCCUCCCUGGCAGGUUUUCUGCUUCUGAUGUAUUUAAACAGGUUUUUGUUAUUCCCCUUGACACUUCCAUCAAUAUGAUCCUCAAACUCUCUUUUUUCAUCCCUUAUUGUCUCCUUGCAUUUCUUUUGUCAGAGUUUAUGUUCUGUUCUCUUCAUUUGGGCAGGACUUCCAUUUUCUGAAGGAGGUCCUCUUCGCUUUUAUAGUUUCCCUGACUCUACUUGUUAGCCAUGCUGGUGUCCUCCUGAACAUGGUGGUGCCUUGCCUCCUUCUUGGUGUAUAUUCCAACUGAGUUUCUGUUAUUGUGGUUUUGGAUGAGCUCCAUGCUUUCUGAACCUCUUUACUUUCCUUUUCAGCUUCCUUUUUACCAGUCCCCUCAAUUUUGAGAAGUUUCCUCUUCUGAAGUCCAUUCCAUCUGUGUUCAACUUCCCUGGCAAUUCUCCACCCACAUAUAAGCUCAAUUGGAUCACACUAUGGUCACAGUUCCCCAAUGGUUCUCCAACUCUGACAUCUCACACCAGAUCCUGGGCACCACUCAGGAUUAAGUCUAAGGUUGCCUUCUCUCUGGUUGGUUUUGUAACCAGCUGUUCUAAGGCAUAGACAUUUAACAUGUCUAGAAAUUUGGCCUCUCUGUCAAUACCUGCACAUGAAUUUGGCCAGUCUAUGUGAGGCACAGUGGGGAAGUAACUUGCCUAGCAAGCAAGAGGUUGCCAGUUCGAAUCCCCGCUGAUAUGUUUCCCAGACUAUGGGAAACACCUAUAUCAGGCAGCAGCAAUAUAGGAAGGUGCUGAAAGGCAUCAUCUCAGACUGUGCAGGAGAUGGCAAUGGUAAACCCCUCCAAGAAAACCACAUGGCUCUGUGGUCGCCAGGAGUCAACACCAACUCGACAGCACAACUUUACUUUUACCUUUAUGUGAAGUUGCCUGUUAUUCCAACUCUGUCUGUAUUUGAUGCCUCUCUGAUUUGCUUCUCCAACUCCAGGUCACUCAGCGUUUUGAUCUGGAGGGCGAUAGUACAUCCCUAGUAACAUAUUUCCUUUCAGUCCUCGCAUUGUCACCCAUAAUGAUUCUGUGUAGGACUCCAAUCCUCCUAGAUUUUCUAGCUUGUUGGAUUCUAUCCUUUCUUUAACAUACAGUGCUAUAUAUUAUUUAUUAUUUAUUCAAUUUCUAUAUAAACACUGAUAUGCUGAGUCUCUUACCUGGUGUUGGUGUGUGCUAUGUCCCUUGCUUUCAUUUCAUCUGUUUGACCAGCUGUCAUGUAUUUCAAUUUGCUUUACUCCUGGUUCUGCUCUGUCCCCUUCUGGUUUAUCUGAAAUCUUUGCAGCCUUACACUUUAGGGGAUUUUACUUGCUGAACCAGAUACUACCCAGUUCCUAUUGCAAUCAACUGGUGUCUUUUUAUUUAUUUGUUUGUUUGUUUAUCAUAUUUUUAUACCGCCUGAUAUAGACGGUGUACAAAUUGUUAUAUUAAGAAUUGCAGAUUAAAACACAAUCUAUAUAUAUAGUUUGCUAAGACAUACCCAUGACUAAUCCCAUGCGUGGCAGCUCUCACGAGAUUUCACAAGGAAAGGGGGAGAGGAAGGCGAGUGGCCAGCAUCCAGUGAAAGGAAGCGGCGGCCUCCAGGCAGGGAGAGGAAGUGCUGCUUGGUGAGAGGAAGCAGUAGCCAGGCCGGCCGGCCAGCUGCCAAGAAGAAGUGAUGGCUGGGGCUGAAGGAGGGGGGACAAACUGGGGCUGAAGCGGGGGAGAACGGCUGAAGGAUGUGGAGGACACAGGGAGAACUAGGGGCACAGAUGCUCUGCACCACGUCAGCUAGUAAACAAUAUAAAACAAAUUAUUAAAUUAAUUUUAAAAGCUGCUCUGCAACCUUUUUUAUAUUAAGCACCAGCAGUCUGGUUCUGUCUUGGUUCAAGUGGAACCCGUCCCUUUUGUACAGGCUUUGCUUGCCCCAAAAUAUAUCCCAGUGCCUAACAAGUCUAAACCCCUCCUCUCAGCACCACUGUCUCAGACACACAUUGAGACCCCUCAGCUCCACCUAUCUCACUGGCCCUGCGCAUGGAACAGGUAGCACUUAAGAAAACACUACCCUAGGGGUCCUAGACUUCAAUAUGCUACCUUUCAGCCUAGAUUUGGCUUCCAGGACCUCCCAGCUGCAUUUCCCAACAUCAUUGGUGCAGACAUGCACCACGACAGUUGACUCCUCCCCAGCACUGCCUAACAGGUUUUUAGUUGCUUUUUCCCCUUCCAACAGGCCUACCACCUCUUUUACCUUGAAGAGUAAUGCCACCCACCCUCAGAACCUCACCUUAUUACUCUGUAAUGCCAGGUCGGUUCAAAAUAAAUCUGAGGUAGUCCAUGACUUGAUUGUUGAUGAAGGAUCUGACCUGGUAUGUAUCACAGAGACCUAGUCAGGAGAAGCUAGUGGUCCAGUUUGGUCCCAGCUUCUCCCAGAGGGCUACUCCAUGGUGGAGCAGGUGAGAGGAUGUGGGCAGGGAGGUGGGGUGGCUGUGGUCUAAGAAUACCAUCUCCCUUACCAGGCAGGAUCCCUGUCGGGGAUUUGGCCUAUAUUGAAUUUAUUUAUUUGUCUGUUCGAUUUUUAGACCGCCCUUACAAAAUAGCUAGCUCAGGGCAGUUCACAAACAUCAUAAAACAGUUAAAAUCAAUCAAUGACCAGGCAUAAAAAUUUUAAAAUACGAUAAAACAGCCUAAAAGUAAAACAAUUCAAAACCUUAUAAAAACCUGAUACAUUAAAGACCCUUUAAAACAAUUUAAGAACUCUGGAAGGCCAGGCCAAACAGGUAGGUCUUUAGGGCUCUCCUAAAUUCAAAUAAAGAAUUCAAAUUAUGGAUGUCUGCAGGGAGCGCAUUCCACAAUCUUGGAGCGGCUACAGAGAAGGCCCACCUCUGGGUUGCCACCAGACAUACCAGUGGCAACUGGAGCUGGAUCUCCUCAGAUGAUCUUAGCGUGCAGUGAGGAUCAGACCAAAAAAGGCGCUCUCUAAGGUAACCUGGACCUAAGCCGUUCAGGACUUUGAAGGUAAUAACCAGCACUUUGUAUUUUGCCCGUAAACAUAUCGGCAGCCAGUGCAGCUGUUUCAAAACAGGCAUAAUAUGGUCUCUCCGAGUUGCCCCAGAGACCAGCCUGGCUGCCGCAUUUUGAACUAACUGAAGUUUCUGAACUACGUACAAAGGCAGCCCCAUUAGAAGAGCACAUUGCAAUAGUCGAGCCGGGAGGUUACCAGCUGAUGCACCACUGUUCUGAGGUCAUCCUCCUCUAGGAAUGGACGCAGCUGUCGAAUCAGCCUAAGCUGAUAAAAAGCACUCCUGGCCACAGCCUCCACCUGAGAUACCAGGGUGAGGCCUGGAUCCAGGAGUACCCCCAAGCUGUGUACCUGCUCCUUCCGAGGGAGUACCUGCUCCUUCCGCGGGAGUGUAACUCCAUCCAGCACAGGGAGAUCUAACUCAUCCCUCAGAUUCUGAGCCCCUACAAUGAGCACCUCUGUCUUGCUUGGACUCAGCUUCAAUUUGUUAUUCCUCAUCCAGCCCAUUACUGCCUGUAGGCAGGCAUUUAGGGAAUGGAUGCCAUUUCCUGAUGAAGCAGAUGAAAGAGAGAAGUAGAUUUGUGUGUCAUCAGCAUACAGAUAACACCCAGCACCAAAUCUCCUGAUUACCCCACCCAGCGAUUUCAUGUAAAUAUUGAAAAGCAUUGGUGACAGAAUGGAGCCCUGAGGGACUCCAUAUAACAGCUCUUGUUGAGAAGAGCAACUGUCACCAAGCUCCACCAUCUGAGAUCUGCCCGAGAGAUAGGAGCGGAACCACUGUAGAGCAGUGCCUCUUAUCCCCAACUCCACCAGGCGACCCAGAAGGAUACCAUGGUCGAUGGUAUCGAACUCCGCCGAGAGAUCCAAGAGAUGGAUGUGAAUGUGGUCUAUAUUGAAAUCUGAGGACCAAGGGUAGACUGGGACUUCUGCUAGUGUACCGAUCACCCCGCUGCCCAGAGGAGUCCCUAAAUAGGCUGACGGACCUGGUUGCUGAGUUAGCAUUGCAGUGGCCCAGGUUGUUGGAGGUGGGGGCCUUCAGUGUUCAUUUUGGGACCAGGUUGCUGGGAGCAGCUCAAGAGUUCAUUAGCGGCCAUGACAACGGUGGGCCUAUCCGAGUUGGUCUCUGGACCAACACAUGAUGCUGGUCACACACUUGAUUUGGUCUUUUGCUCUGAUCAGGGUGGUGCUCUGUGGGUGGGGACUCCUGUCAUCUCCCCAUUGUCAUGGAUGGAUCACCCAUUUGGUUAAGGUAGAACUUACAGCCACAACCCACCUCUGCAGGGGUGAAGGACCUAUUAGAAUCAUCUGCCCGAAGAGGUUAUUAGAUCCAAUAGGAUUCAAAGAAGGCUUGGAAAGGUUUAGGGUCCGCCCUGCUAAUAAUUCUGUCGAUGCUCUGGUGAGUGAGUGAGUGAGUGCUGUCAAGUCGGUGUCAACUCUUUGCGACCACAUAGGUAGAUUCUCUCCAGGAUUAUUUAUCUUCAACUUGGCCUUUAAGGUCUCAGUGGUUCAUUCAUUGCUGUUGUAAUUGAGUCCAUCCACCUUGCUGCUGGUUGUCCUCUUUUCUUUCCUUCAACUCUUCCCAGCAUUAUGGACUUCUCAAGGGAGCUGGGUUUUUACAUAAUGUGUUUGAAGUAUGAUAGUUUGAGCCUGGUCAUUUGUGCCUUGAGUGAAAAUUCUUGAUAGAUUUGUUCUAGGAUCCAUUUGUUUGUUUUCCUGGCUGUCCAUGUUAUCCUCAAAAGUCUUCUCCAGCACCAAAGUUCAAAAGUGUCAAUGCUUUUUCUAUCUUGCUUCUUCAGAGUCCAGCUUUCGCAUCUCUGUGGGCGCCAGGAGUCAAAAUCAACUUGAUGGCACACUUUAUCUUUACCUUUACUAACGGAGGGUGGGGGGGCAGGACCCAAAAGAUGGUUUAGAUCUGCCUGUUCUGGAUGGGGUUACACUCCCCCUGAAAGAUCAAGUAUGUAGCUUGGGAGUGCUCCUGGAUCCAAAGCUCUCCCUGGUUUCUCAGGUUGAGGCAGUGACCAGGAGCGCUUUUUAUCAGCUUCGACUGAUACGUCAGCUACAUCCAUUUCUAGAGGUGAAUUACCAUUAAACAGUGGUACAUAUGCUGGUAACCUCCAGUCUUGACUACUGUAAUGCACUCUAUGUGCGGCUACCUUUGUAAAUAGUCCAGAAACUACAAUUCGUACAGAAUGCAGCAGCCAGACUGGUUUCUGGGACAACCCGAAGGGACCACAUAACACCAGUUUUAAAAGUACUGCACUGGCUGCAGAUGUUUCCAGGUGACAUACAAAGUGCUGGUUAUUAGCUAUAAAGCCCAUAAUGGCUUGGGUCCAGGCUAUUUAAGAGAGUGCCUCCUUUGUAAUAAACCCUGCUGCCUGUUACGAUCUUCUGGAGAGGUCCGGUUACUGUUGCCACCAGCUCAUUUGGUGGUGACCCAGGACCAGGCUUUCUCUGUGGCAGCCCCAGGGCUUUGGAAUAUGUUUCCCACUGAAAUAAGAGCAUCUCCUUCUCUGUUUGUUUUCAGGAAGACCCUCAAGACCCUUCUGUUCUCGCAGGUUUUUAAUUAGAAUUAAUUUUAAUAAUUUUAAUAAUUGGUUUUAAUAACUGUUUUAUGCUAUUUUUAUUGUGUUGUGUAUUUUAAUCUGUGUUGACUUUUAAAUAUUUUAAAUUUUGUACACCACCUAGAGAUGUACAUAUCAGGCGGUAUAAAAGUAUGAUCAAUAAAUAAUAAAAAAUAUUUUUAUUCAUAAUAAAUAAUAAUAAAUGCC